AUUGCACUAUUGCUAUACCAAUACGUAUUUAUACAGUAGUUAUACAACGAGUUAUAUAGGAUUUAGUGGAUGCUGAAUGAGAACCUAACUGUAUAUAUUUUUCAUUACUGUUCAGAACUUAAAGGUGAUCCCAGAAACCCAUAAAAUGAAAAAAUUAACUCAGUGGGUUGUUGGUGUAAAUAUACUCUCUAUAUUAUGGUUAACUCUACUUUUUAACCAGUAUGAUAGUAAAGUUUCUAAGGAACGUUUCUUUAUAAUACAAUUUCUUCCGAUUAUUUUACUGAUUUUGUUUGGCGUGUUUGCAUUAGCAGUUAUAUUGUAUAGAGUGGCAACUUUCAAUGAUUGCAAAUCAGCUGCAGAAGAUUUACAAGCGGAAAUAAAAGAAGCGAAAAUAGCUCUCCAACAAAAAGGAUUCAAAUUUGAUUGAUAUUUUAAUAUAUAUUUACUUGCAACAACGGUGUUCACA